CAGGGAGGGGCUCAGCCUCAGUGCAUGGUGCAGUAGCAGCAGAGACAGAUGGACGCCCCUCGCCCGCUGCCAGGGACUCUGGCCGCCGCCCUCCUGUCACACUGACCCGGGCUCUCCUGGGGUGGGGGAAUCACCGUUCAUGGAUCACAGCGGGAUUAUUUCGGGGAGACUGAGCGCCUGAGAUUUGCAGCCGGUGCCUGGCGGAGCCCAGCUCUAAACUGCGAGGUGUGCCGGGGGUGUGGCCUGGGAUCCGGGCCAGCGGGCUCCGUUCAGGGAGCGUCACACAAGCCGCAUCCCGACACCGGGCCGAAAGGAAACAGAGAGGGGAGAAAGUGACCCCCAAAUAUGGCCGAGAGGGGGGGACUGCGCCGGACUAAGGAGUUACUGCUGGAAUGGGGUCUGAUCCUCCUCUGCUGUCAGGGAUACAAUGCGAGCAAUGAGGAUGACUCCAGGACUGAGGCCUGGCUGCGGCUGUACGGGUACCUGCCUCAGACCAGCCGCCAGAUGUCCACCUUACGCUCCGCGCAGAUCCUGUCGUCGGCUGUUUCUGAAAUGCAGCAGUUCUACGGCAUUCCAGUGACUGGAGAACUGGACCAGACCACUAGAGAGUGGAUGCAGAAACCGCGCUGUGGCGUCCCAGACCAGUUCGGUAGUAGAGGCAAAUCAAGCAUGCGGCGAAAACGUUACGCUCACACAGGACGCAAGUGGAACCAGCAUCAGCUGACGUACAGUAUCCAGAACCACUCGGACAAGCUGGGCGAGUACAACUCUGUGGACUCCAUACGCAAAGCCUUUGCUGUGUGGUCAGCUGCCACUCCCCUGACCUUCAAGGAAGUGCCAUACGAGUCUUUGCAACAGCGCCAGUCCUCUGCCGACAUUGUCAUCCUCUUCGCCUCUGGUUUCCAUGGCGACAGCUCCCCUUUUGAUGGGCCCGGAGGCUUCCUGGCGCACGCUUACUUCCCCGGGCCAGGGAUGGGAGGUGACGCACACUUUGACCUAGAAGAACCUUGGACUGUGGACAACAUGGAUCUGUCCGGUAAUCACCUGUUCCUGGUCGCUGUCCAUGAACUCGGACAUUCUCUCGGACUGGAGCAUUCAAAUAAUCCCACCGCCAUAAUGGCUCCUUUCUACCAGUGGAUGGACAGCGAGAAUUUCCAGCUACCUGAGGAUGAUAGACGCGGGAUACAGCAGCUGUAUGGGAGUCCUGACAAUGAGGAACUGAGCACCCUACCUCCAAUUCCCACACCAGGCACACCUGAGAAGAGACCCCCGAAGCCACCACCAAGAGGGAAACCAGAGCGGCCUGGGAAUGCCCCCCCACGCACCCCCGAGCAGUAUGGCCCAAACAUCUGUGAUGGAAACUUCGAUGCCGUGUCUAUGCUGCGCGGAGAGAUGUUUGUGUUCAAGGGUGCCUGGUUCUGGAGGGUACGACAUAACAGAGUCCUGGAUAAUUACCCUAUGCCCAUUGGCCAUUUCUGGAGAGGACUUCCAGCUAACAUAAGCGCCGUCUACGAGCGUCAUGAUGGCAAAUUUGUCUUCUUUAAAGGAGAUAAGUAUUGGCUGUUCCGCGAGGCCAAUCUAGAAUCCGGCUACCCGCAGCCUCUCACUAACUUUGGCUACGGCAUUCCCUACGACAGGAUUGAUACGGCGAUAUGGUGGGAGCCGACGGGACACACUUACUUUUUCCAAGGAGACAGGUACUGGCGAUUUAACGAGGAGUCUCGUUCUGCAGAUGCAGGCUACCCCAAACACAUUAAAGUCUGGGCCGGUAUCCCAGACACCCCAAAAGGUGCCUUUCUUGGGUCAGACACAUCCUACACCUACUUCUAUAAGGGGACCAAGUACUGGAAGUUUGACAAUCAGCAGCUGAAAACAGAGGUGGGAUACCCCAAGUCUAUACUACGAGACUUCAUGGGGUGUCAGGAGGAAGUUAUCAGAGACCCGGACGCUGCCCCCCGGUGGCCAGACGUGGAGCGGCCUCCGUUUGAUCCCGUUGUAGAGACUGACGAUGGGGACCAGGAAGACUCGGACACUGGACGCGACGUGGAUGUUGUUGUCCAAAUUGACGAGUAUACCCAGGCGGUCAGCGUCGCCAUGGUGAUAGUACCGCUACUGCUGCUGCUGUGCAUCCUGGGAUUGGUCUUUGUCAUUGUUCAGAUGCACCGGAAAGGUCCCCCGAAAGCCCUGCGAUACUGUAAGCGCUCCCUGCAGGAAUGGGUGUAGCGUCGCCCCCUUCAGCCACUCACCGGCCAUCGCUUUCUUUCCACCUAACUUCAUUUCCUCAUUAAUUUACAGACUUUUUUGUGGUGCUAAUAUGGAGACUGUGAUCGGGAGCGAAACGCGUCAGCCCUGUCUUCCAUUCCGUGGUGCACUGGAUCCCAGAGGAUGAGCAGACGGAAUGCUGCACUCCGUGGCCUGCUUGUGUUGCCCCCUGCUGGUCACUGUGAAUGUGUGGCUGCGCUGUGAAUGGCUCCCUGCGGCAGUACAGCUGGAGGUACGUUUUGUUGCACAUUUGCCACCCAUGCCCCGAUCGUUGCGAGGAGUCUGUGUCCCGGGCACUGUGAGGACGCCCAUGAAUGUUAAUCCUGCAUUUUGCACUGAACAAGUCCUAAGACGGUAGAGAAGGCUGUACAGACCCCUCCCCAGGUGACGGGGGUCCGAGGGUCUGUUCUCUGGUUGGUUGUUCCUGUGGAAUCUCACUAUGAAGAAGGGAGGAGGCUGUGUCUGUCCGGUCUCUGAUAAGUUAUAUAGGGGCCGCACCCAGACCCCUCCGUACCAUGUCAUUCACCCCAUGUUUUAUCUGUUUCUUUGUUUUUAUUAAAGAUUUUUUUAACAGUA